AUGUCCAUAGAUCAUAAUAAUAGGUUAUACAUGCUUCUGGAGCUUGACAGAAUAAAGCAAGCCUCAAUUCCCCACACAUAUGCAUUUCCCAUGAAUGCGCUUGAGCUUUCCUGCAUAGUAUUCAAGGGGCGAUCGCAUGUGCUGUUCAAGAUGUCAAAGGCACGUGCUGAAGAUGAAUGGAAUGUCGAGGGUUUAGAACAUGAUAUGUUUGAGCGCACGCCUCUAACAUCCAAAGAUGCACACAAGGUCCUGAAGUCUGUAUCAGAAUCGCUUAAGCAGCCCAGCUACAUAGAUCAAACCAUUAACCAAGACAAAUUCAAAGAACCAAGCGCAUUCCAUCUGAAUGGCAUUAAUAACAGAGCACGUAACAUACAGGCCGUGUUCAGCUUCAUACAAGAUAAAUGCGCCAAAUCCAACCAUCAAUAG